CUGCCCUCUACUCCUCUCUGACUCUCGCUUUCCUGGUCUCCUCUAGAUUCUCCAAGAACACCGAACUGACCGGGAAAUGGCAACCCUCACUAGCGUCUUCAAACAUAUCGACAGCCACCAGGAUCUUUACAUAAAGAGACUCGCGGAAUGGGUGGCGAUCCAGAGCGUGUCGGCCUGGCCGGAGAAGAGAGGAGAGAUAAGAAGGAUGAUGGAAGUGGCUGCUGCCGACAUAAAGCGCUUGGGCGGCACGAUAGAGCUGGUGGAUAUCGGGAAACAAACGCUUCCCGAUGGCUCCCAGAUUCCGCUUCCUCCAAUCCUACUUGGCAAACUGGGCUCCGAUCCCCAAAAGAAAACCGUGUGUGUUUAUGGCCACCUGGAUGUACAGCCGGCAGCUCUGGAGGACGGCUGGGACAGCGAUCCCUUCACCCUGGAGGAAAGAGAUGGAAAGCUGUAUGGGAGAGGGUCAACAGAUGACAAGGGCCCAGUGCUUGCCUGGCUGAAUGCCCUGGAGGCUUUUCAGCAAACCAACCAGGAAAUUCCAGUCAAUAUCAAGUUUUGCCUGGAAGGCAUGGAGGAAUCUGGCUCCGAGGGCCUGGAUGACUUGAUCUUCUCUCAGAAGGACACUUUCUUCAAAGACGUGGAUUAUGUUUGCAUCUCUGACAAUUACUGGCUGGGCAAGAAGAAACCUUGCAUUACUUAUGGGCUUAGGGGAAUCUGCUACUUUUUCAUUGAGGUGGAAUGCAGUGACAAAGACCUUCACUCCGGGGUGUACGGUGGCUCGGUGCACGAGGCCAUGACAGACCUCAUCGCUUUGAUGGGGUGCUUGGUGGAUACGAAGGGGAAGAUCCUGAUCCCGGGAGUCAACGAAGCCGUGGCUCCAAUCACCGAGGAGGAGCUCUCUCUCUACGAACAGAUCGACUUUGACAUGGAUGAGUAUGCACGGGACAUAGGCGCAAGGACCCUCCUGCAUGGCUCAAAGAGAGACGUCUUGAUGAAAAGGUGGCGAUUCCCCUCUCUGUCCCUUCAUGGAAUCGAAGGAGCCUUUUCUGGUUCCGGAGCGAAAACCGUCAUUCCCAGGAAAGUGAUUGGCAAAUUCUCCAUUAGGCUGGUGCCAAACAUGAACCCGGAUGUGGUUAAGCAGCAGGUUGAAGAUUACUUGACAAACAAGUUUGCUGAGCUGAAGAGUCCCAACAAGUUCAAACUUAAGUUGGGCCACGGUGGGAAGCCCUGGGUGUCAGACUUCAACCACCCCCACUACGUGGCCGGCAGAAGAGCCAUGAAAACAGUUUUUGGAGUGGAGCCAGACUUGACGAGGGAAGGAGGCAGUAUUCCUGUGACGCUCACCUUCCAGGAGGCCACGGGCAAGAACGUCAUGUUGCUGCCUGUGGGAUCAGCGGAUGACGGGGCUCAUUCGCAGAAUGAAAAACUCAACAGGUCUAACUACAUACAGGGAGUGAAAACGCUGGGCGCCUACCUGUAUGAAGUCUCUCAGCUACGGGACUGAAUUGAGUUGGGAUGUCUGUUUUUCCCCUGGACGCUCACACCCAAUGUGAUUAUUAAGCUGGUCAGUUGGUCACUGAGUAAUGGAAGUAAAAGGUUUGAAUUGUGAAUUCGA